UGGGAAAAUGUGACCGAUCGGAUCACUCAAGUUUGUCCGCAACGGGACCAAAGUUGUAAAGCCUCACAUGUAUAUAUGCUCAACCAUAUUUGGGCAUGUUCUAGAGCAAUGACGAAACUCCAGAAGCGUUCCCAUACCAAAUCUGCAUGGGAAUGAGAGAAACGGAUAACACACUCCAUCCUCUUUUUGUUCCUUCUUCAGUUUUUCUAACGCUUAUAUAAGCUUAACAACAUGACUGCCUCAUCCACGUUAUCAAGGGAAGAGUGACAAUGUCAGGCGCAUUUGCAAGAGGAGCCAUGUUUUUCAAGCCAAUGGUAUGGAGAAGCUACCAUAGAAAGAGCUCAUCAACAGCCACCACUGAUGCGAUGAAGGAGACUAUUAGGAUGGAUUCUGAGGAAGCAAUGAAGAGCCUCCACGGAGAUGUUGCUGACACCAACUGCUGGAUUCCUGAUGACCGAACUGGAAUUUAUUAUCCGAAAGGUCAUGAGCAGGUUAUGGCAGAUGUUCCUACCCAAGCUGGAAAGGAUCUAAGGGUUUCCUACUACCAGGACAACUCUGCUUCAUGAGCCCUGUACUGUCUUUGCAAAAUUUAUUGCGCACGAGCACAAACUUGCUAGAUUC